UGUUGACGGUGUAACACCAGGCUGAGGAACCAUCGCUCCGCUGUGAAUCUUCUUUUCUCGAGUUUCUGCUGAAAACACAGAUUUAACUUCGUCGUCCAUGAGUCGCAGCGGAGACAGAGAUGAGGACAGAACCGGGACACGCUCCGUGGUGUAUGUUUACAGUUCACAAUACAUCGAGACCUGUGACACUUUGUCCAAAGUCCCGAACCGGGUGAGUGAGGAGACACUGAAGCUAACUCACUGUUCAUCUACUGUUCAUCUGCUUAUUGUGAAGCCUCGUGUUGCCACCAUAGAGGAAAUGGCCAAAUUCCACACAGAUUCCUACCUGGAACAUCUUCAUAAAAUCAGCCAGGAUGGAGACAACGAUGACCCCCAGUCAGUCGACUACGGCCUGGGUUACGACUGUCCGGUGGUAGAGGGGAUAUUUGACUACGCAGCAUCAAUAGGGGGCGCCACGCUGACCGCAGCUCAGUGUCUGCUGGACCAAAAGUGUAAGGUGGCCAUCAACUGGGCAGGGGGCUGGCACCACGCUAAGAAGGACGAGGCGUCAGGCUUCUGUUACGUGAACGACGCCGUGUUGGGAAUCCUCAAAUUGAGGGAGAAAUAUGAGCGAGUCCUUUACGUUGAUGUCGACCUGCAUCACGGAGACGGUGUGGAAGACGCCUUCAGCUUCACAUCAAAAGUCAUGACCGUGUCUCUGCACAAAUUCUCCCCUGGAUUCUUCCCAGGUACAGGUGACAUGUGUGACACGGGACUGGGUAAAGGCCGCUGGUACGCUGUGAACGUCCCCCUGGAGGACGGCAUCAAGGAUGACAGAUACUACCAGAUCUUUACCAGUGUGCUGCAGGAAGUGUGGGCACAGUUUAACCCCGAGGCGGUGGUGAUGCAGCUGGGUGCCGACACGAUGGCGGGCGACCCCAUGUGUUCCUUCAACAUGACCCCGGUGGGGGUGGGCAAGUGCCUGCAGUACGUCCUGCAGUGGCAGCUCCCCACGCUGCUGCUGGGCGGAGGAGGUUAUAACCUGGCUAACACGGCUCGCUGUUGGACGUAUCUGACGGCGGCGGUUCUGGGAAAGACUCUUUCCUCCGAGAUACCAGACCACGAGUUUUUUACAAAAUACGGACCAGACUACUCGCUGGAGAUCAGCCCGAGCUGUCGACCAGACCGGAACGACACCAAACACCUGGACCAGGUCAUCGGCACCAUCAAAGGGAAUUUAAAGAAUGUGGUUUAGGAGCCGGCGGACUCGGCCUCUUCACACACACACACACACACACACACACACACAUACAUUCAGACCCACAAACACACACCAUGUUUCCAAACCAGGUCGAUGCUCGGUGGCUUUAAUGAAGACAAUAUGGAGCGGACCCCUUCGGCCCCGAGGCACGGAGCGAACCAGGGAGGGAUGAAGGUUUUGGAAAACAUUAGCCGAGUGUUUCCAGAGGAUAACAGUUUAAUAAGGGGGGGGGGGGGGGSGGUGAUGUGGUCGCUGUUUUUAAUCCUGUUUUCUUUUUUUUGUUUUGUGUUUUUGAGAAGCUACAGUUUGUGUGUUUCCUGCGGAUGAGAGAGUUUAUACAGUUUGCUCAGUGUGGUUGUGUAAACCUGAAUUACAGCCGGACUCUGUAAUGCGCCCGCUCGUUGUUUGUGUUCGUCCAUCAGCUGCACAUUUGAACCUAAAUGGAAAAACAGAUCUUUCAGGUGUCCGGUUUCACGUUCACCCCGGUGCUGCUGUGAUUUCAACCCCCCCCCGGGGACA